UGGCUUUGGCAGCUGGCUAGCUAGCUGUCAAAUUUUAUGGCUUCCUUGGUCAACCGAUCUUUUUUGGUUUUUUUGGACCUCUUUUAACAAUUUGAUGAUACUGCAAAAAGGAUCGUAUAUCUAGUUGAUUACAACAAUGUCUUUCUCUUUUGGGACACCUUCAAGUGCCCCAGCAACAACUGGGCUUGGAGGAGGAGGCUUCAGUUUUGGCGCGGCUAAACCAGCAACCCCCGGAUUCGGUUUAACCGCGACGUCGCAGCCAUCAACUGGUCUUUUUGGAUCAACGCCUGCGACCUCAGCGCCUGCAUUCGGCACCACCACUACACCAGCGUUUGGCGCCGCUAAUACGUCAUUUGGCGGGGCUAACACGUCAUUUGGCGCUGCUAACACCUCAUUUGGCGCUGCUAACACUUCGUUUGGCGCCACUUCAACUGCACCGGCCUUUGGGGCGACUAAUACGCCUAGUUUUGGAGCUACACCUGCCUUCGGAGGCGCUCCAACCUUUGGGGCUGCUUCCGCUGCACCUACAUUUGGGGCAACAUCGGCUCCAACCUUUGGAUCAACUACAACACCGGCCUUUGGUGCCACUACCACACCAGCGUUUGGCACGACAAGCACUCCUGCGUUUGGGGCCACAGGGCUUGGCACCGGUGGUCUUAAUUUUGGAGGCGCCAGCACUUCUACAGCCGCUGUGCCAACUUUCGGAGCGACAACCACCACAGCGGCCACUACUGGGCUCGGUGGACUAGGUGGCUUUAGUUUUGGAGGCACAACUGCUACUACAGGGCUUUGGGGUGCCACUAGCUCUGCCACUACAUCGUCCAGUCUAUUUGGUACAAAAUUAGGAACAACCACUGUGACCGGUACACAACCUUCGACAUUAGGCUCCACUAGUCUUGGAUUAGGUGGCGUAGCGCCCUCUACUGGAACGGGAAAUGCAGCAGAUGUCAAAACUGAACCACCAAAGCAGCAGAAGCUUCCAAAUGAAAUAUCCACCACCAUAGACACAUUCAAGGAGUUUGUCAAGAAACAGAAGUCUUUAAGCUCAGAUGUCAUGAGGGUCUCCAUCAAACCAUUGCACAAGGUGGCUCGCGAAGCAGAGUCUACUCUCAGGCUGGCUCUAUCUUUAAGCGGAGAGGUCAGUAGAGCGCGGGCUCACUCGCGGAGGCUCCGCUCCGCCGCCGCCGCAGCCCUAGCGGCCGCCGAGGGUGCUGCGAGGGAAGCUGCACAACCAGGUCUAGAACUAGAACGUUCGGCCCCACCAGCGUACGUGAAGGAACUGAUAUCGGAGCUGGAGCAGCAACUGAUAACAUUCCGCCGCCAGAUGGAGGUGGCCGACAAGCAGAUGCAGUCGUCGCCCAAACUGCUGACUGAACAAGAACUGACCCUCGGCAUCCGUCGCAUGCACGAGUCGCUGGUGGCUUUAGCAGGCCGGCUGCAGGCGGUGCACGCGCAGGUGGAGGCGCAGAAGCUGCAGUACCUCAACCUGCGCAAGUACAUCCUCAAGGAGCCCGCCGCGGCCUUCGACCCGCAGCCGGCAAACAACAGUCUAGACCAGAUCCUGAAGGAUGCAGAUGGUUCCAGGAAGAAGUCCAAGACCGGGAUGUCAGAUGUCAGCUUUGGCAGUGCCGUGUUGUCAGAUCCUAGGGUGGCUCUAGGAAACAUAUCGCAGUUGGCUGGACCAACUCCGUUCACGUACUUGGGCAGUGCUGUGUCUCCCUUCCCUGCUGCUGACGCCAGUGGUCCCGGCUGGCAACCGACGCCGCAGUCAGCUCUCGGCACGUCUCUGAACUCCUCACUGGUGCCAGCAGCCGGCGGCUUCCAGCUACAGAAGCCGCCGGGCAAGCGAACCAAGCAAUGAUACUGGCGCUAGGCUCGCCACCGCGAUGCCACGCCACGCCACGUCACUUAACUCGUGCGCAGUGGAACACAGACAUUACACGUUUUACACAGCACCGUGUAUUAUUGGGAUAUUUGUGUAAGCUGUCAUUUAAACAUCAAAUCUACGCUUUAUGGACUCUUUAAAAAAGACGCAGAACGUCAAUUGUGUUAGCAAGACCGCCAAGUACUAACUAUCCAAGCAAUGAUACUGGCGCUAGGCUCGCCACCGCGACGCCACGCCACGCCACGUCACUUAACUCGUGCGCAGUGGAACACAGACAUUACGCGUUUUACACAGCACCGUGUAUACUUGGAAAAUAGUCAUUUAAACAUUAUCAAAAUAAUCUACGCUGGCGCUUCCAAAUGGACGUUUGGAACAUCACGUCUGUUGCGUAUUUGUAAGACCGCUCACUAAGUAUCUAAGCAAUGAUACUGGCGCUAGGCUCGCCACCGCGACGCCAUGCCACGCCACGUCACUUAAAUCGUGCGCAGUGGAACACAGACAUUACGCGUUUUACACAGCACCGUGUAUACUUGGAAAAUAGCCAUUUAAACAUUAUCAAAAUAAUCUACGCUGGCGCUUCCAAAUGGAUGUUUUGAACAUCACGUCAGUUGCGUAUUUGUAAGACCGCUCACUAAGUAUCUAAGCAAUGAUACUGGCGCUAGGCUCGCCACCGCGACGCCAUGCCACGCCACGUCACUUAAAUCGUGCGCAGUGGAACACAGACAUUACGCGUUUUACACAGCACCGUGCAUACUUGGAAGAUAGUAAUUUAAACAUUAUCAAAAUAAUCUACGCUGGCGCUUUCAAAUUGAUGUUUUGAGCAUCAUGUCAGUUGCGUAUUUGUAAGACCGCUCACUAAGUAUCUAAGCAAUGAUACUGGUGCUAGGCUCGCCACCGCGACGCCACGCCACGCCACGUCACUUAACUCGUGCGCAGUGGAACACAAACAUUACACGUUUUACACAGCACCGUGUAUACUUGGAAAAUAGUCAUUUAAACAUUAUCAAAAUAAUCUACGCUGGCGCUUCCAAAUGGACGUUUUGAACAUCACGUCAGUUGCGUAUUUGUAAGACCGCUCACUAAGUAUCUAAGCAAUGAUACUGGCGCUAG